AUGGCGAAGCGGAAAGCCCCUAGCGAGCCGCUGCCAGCCCUCGACGGUGCGGAUGAAGUGCCCGUGCCGCUUCCGCGCAUGAUACAUGCGCUGCACACGGUCGCGGGUGUGUCGGUGGUCGAUGCUAUCGGCAUCGUCCGUGUGCUUGCGCAGAAAAAGCGGCACACGCCGUCUCGACUGCGUCGCUUGUCUGCGCCCGAGUUGGAGGAGCUGGGUGCGCCGUGUGCGGGCCCGACACGCGAUCGAGUGGUGGAAGCGUUACGGGAAGUAGCUUCCAGCGGGGUGAUGAGUGAGGCGGAGCGAUCGUCUAAGCAGCAGCGACUACGGGAGGAUGUGCGCCUGCGUCGCGACUGGGGUGAUCCGGGCACGGGCCGUGAAGACAAGUCGUGCGCAUUUGAUGUGGUGCUGACGGAGUCGACUCUGCGAGGCCGCAGCGUGAUGGUGAAUCGCGCGGCUGUGCUCUUAGCGUGGGCCGUCGUCGUGCUGGAGUGCAUGGGCUUCGCGAGAAACGAGGCACUCAGUCUGGCCCAGUGCUACACGAGCCUGGCAGCGGAGGCGCAUGGCCCCGCGCCCCCUACGAAGCGCGUCAUGAGCGAGAAUCAGCCGCAUGUCGAGUUUCUGCGCGUCAAGAUCCCCAUUAUCCGAUUGCGACACGACGGCGAGUACCGCGGUCUGAAGGACGGUCAGGUCGUGCCGCCUACGCGAGCGUAUGACUACCUGCGCCGCACCAUGUUCCAGAUGCUGCCGUACGUCAUGGGUGCGCUCACACUGCUCGCCAACUCGUACGUGGCUGCGGACGGCUCGGCUCAUGCGCUGCACGACGCAGCCUACGGCUUGUAUCUCGACUUUCGGCCUGAGACACAUGGCGAGCGGGGCAAGCGGGCGGUGCUCGCCCUCGAUACGAUCUUGGAUCUGCGCGCGUCACGAGCGCAGCAUGUCCUCGAGUAG